AGUGAACACAUUAAAAGAAAAACACUUUUUUAAAUUUAAAAUAAAAAUAUAAAAACUUGUUGCAUUUACUUAAAUAAAUAAAAAAAUAAACAACUACAAAAUGUCUGUACAAAUGUCGGAAAUGUCUAAAACCUAUCAAUACCGCAAAGUGAUGAAACCCAUGUUGGAGCGCAAACGUCGUGCUCGCAUUAAUAAAUGUCUAGAUGAAUUGAAAGACUUAAUGGUGGCCACUUUGGAAUCAGAGGGAGAACAUGUUACCCGUUUGGAAAAAGCCGAUAUCUUAGAGUUGACGGUAUCGCAUUUGCAAAAAAUGAAACAACAACGCAAAUUAAGCAGUUCCAGCGGUAAUACCACCAUGAAUCAGGCCGAAGGUUUCCGUUCCGGUUAUAUACAUGCUGUUAAUGAGGUUUCUAAAUCCUUGUCGGAACUACCAGGUGUUAAUGUUAAUUUGGGCACUCAACUAAUGACACAUUUGGGUCAGCGCCUCAAUCAAUUGCAGCCACCUGUUAAACCAGCUCUACCCAUUACCAGCCCCUUGACCGUGCAAAUUGGUGCUCCCAAUUUCAGAGGUCAAUAUUCUGUACCCAUUUCACCAGUAUCCAGCUACUCCACCAGCCCUAACUCUAGUAUUGGUAGUGAGAAACAAGCUUCUACCCAACUCUUAACCACCUGUCCUUCUACUCCCAUUGAUGUUACCAGUAUCGAUGUGGAAAUUGAAGAUGAGGAAAAUGUUUGGCGCCCUUGGUAAUUUAGUGCGCAAACUCAGCUGUUAGUAAAGAGUCUUUGCACCCUUUAGUUCAAAAUGUCUUCCAAAAUCGGCUUUCAUGCUAAGGCCUUAAUUUAUAUAUAUUUUUAAUUAUAAUUAAUUAUAAACAAACAAAAAAAGCUUUAACAAAUUAAUUUAAACAUUAAGCUAAUGUGAUAGUCUAAGUAAACAAAUUGUUAAAUUAUUUAUAAGUAAAA